AUGUUCAUCAUAUUAACCCUUGUCGCCUCCGCGCUCCUCUUGUUGACUACCUCUGUAGUCGCUCAAGGUGUCGGUCCCGACUUCACACCCGGUCGCUGUUCCUUCGACGCAGUCGUCACUCAGGAUUGCUGGGACGACCACGCCAACACUUACGUCGAUCUCUCACCCGUUUAUGAUGGCGCUGGCAACCAGUUUAUGGAGCAAACCGACUUCAUUGACUUGACCGAUGGUGAGACGCUCACGGGCGUGGUUGCUGGAAAGAAACUGAAGAUUGGAUAUGAGAGGGACAGCAUCGGAUUCAUCUACGGCGACGCUGAAUGGCCUAACCAGAAUGGAGACAGCGAGUUCAACUGCACCACUAAGCCGUGGGAUAACCUGCCGCUGGAUUGCAACAAUAGUGACCGCAAUCAUCGAUCUCAAGCCCUGACCUGCGAAUUCGACUGCACAAAGCCCGAGUCAGACUUCACCGUGAAGCGCGCGCGCUCCGAGGCGCUCCCCGAUAUGCUUUCGAUGCCACCCAGUCCAGCCGCUACCAACUCGACCUCUGCGAACUACGCCCCAGGAUUCUGCUCCUUCAAACUGCAACUAUUCCAGCAGUGUCUUCACACGCCCGCUGAAGGUUGGCACAACCAGAUGCUCGGCAUGCUCUACACUGUUGAAGACAACAACCGCAAAUCCGUUGUCACGUACCCCGAGGGGACUGGCCGUAUCGACAAACAUGCUGUGAGGCUGUUGGGCAUGGGCGGCCUGAUCGUAGUUUACAGUCCGGAGGAUAGGCAGAUGUACUUUGCGUUUGAGCCGAAGGGUGGCUACUGGAGCACUCUGACCACCAACACCCCAGAUGCGAUGGGCAUGUGCUCCUGGAACCCGUGGACGCGCGCCGAGACUGGCUGUGAUGAGAACCACCAGAACGAUCACCCAAGGCUUUCGGACAUGACCUGUGGGUUCUGGUGCUAG